AUGAUACGAAGCAGGUCUACUCCAUUCCGCGUCUCCAUUAAGGGACAAAGCGGGCACCCGAGCGGAUCCCGGUGCGGGCGAAUUGAAAUAUCCGCGAACAAUACAACCCACGAUAUAGGGAUUUGCGUCGUAUUGAAGGCUCGAGUGCUCGCGGAGAGGGGGGGAGGGCUCAGAUUAAGUAACAAUAAUGCAAACAAUAAUGCACACACAAAGAGCGGGCUCCCGAGUUCUCCCGAGCUGCGC